UACAUUUGUAGAAGAUACUCAUUACCUCCUGGCAUUUCUUUUGAUAGGUUGCUUAGCCAUAGGUAUAGCAUUUUAAAAGUGUGAGCUAUAUCUAGGUUAAGCAUAUCUUGAAGUAGGUUUAAUUGAGUGACUUCUGUCCUUGUUUUUUUUAUUAUUAUUUUUUUUUAUUUGAUUUGAUUUGUUAUUUCAUUAAAAAAAAAUUAGAACUCUUUUGAUAUAUGCCCAAGUUUGUUUUUUUUAAUGGUAAAUGCGUAGGCUAAUGUUGAUGGCAGUGCUCCCCAAUACUCCCACAUACAAUGUGUUCUGGGAUUCUGAAAUAAUUAAUCAUAUGACUGAAGACGAGUUUGGCUGUUUGAAAGGCAGCUGUUUGUCCCUUUCUGUCCCAUUUGUUGCAAGCAAUGUCUCAGAUUUUUUUUAAUUUCUAACAUAUAUUCAAGCAUAAAUAAAUUUAGAACCCCUGCAUAAAAUAAUAAAGAUCCAGUAAAAAAAUGUCCCAUAUGGAGAAAAAAACAACAACAAAAAAUUGACAGCACUGGAGAGUGACAUGAAGAAAAGAGGAAAACAAUCUUUCCAAUCCCAAAACACCAGUUUCUGUCACAUGGGUAAGGAAGACAACUGUUUUGCAUGUGACUUUUCUUAAAAGGCAGAUAAACUUGUGAGAGAUUGUCAGAGAGAAGAGGUUCAGAGAAUAAACUGACAUGCUUCAUCAUCUCAUUCACAUUACAAAUUUUGAAUUCAACAGUAACCUCGGUGAUGAAGACAUGUUUGUUUCUACUCUUGUUUUACACAGGAGUCAUCCCCACUGUCCUCUCUGUCUCUCAUAAGUACUAUCUGAUAAAUCAGGGGAAAACAUGGAGUGAUGCUCAGGCUUACUGUCGGGCUACAUAUACUGACCUGGCGAUCAUUAAAAGCAAUGAUGACAUGGAACAACUUCAGAAAGAAGCACAGAUGCAACAGUUCAGUUCCAGCACUUGGAUUGGACUGUACAAUGAUGUCAACAGCUGGCGCUGGUCCUUUGGAAAUGAGCCAUUGGGAAGUAUGACAAAAUGGAAGCCAGGAGAGCCUAACAACAGGGGCGGACAUGAAGAGUGUGUUGUAACAUCUUCGUUGGCUUGGUUUGACACCCCAUGUACACGGAAGUUUCCCCUUCUCUGCUUUGAUGACAGACAAACUGGCACUGGGAGUUACAUUUAUAUCUCUAGUACAAUCACCUUUCUUGAAGCUCAGAGUUACUGUAGACAGCAUUAUACAGACCUGACCAGUGUGAGAAACGCAACAGAACACCUAGCUAUACAGGGACUGGUCCCUGGAAAUACUUGGAUUGGCCUGUUCAGAGACGCCUGGAAGUGGGUAGACAAAACCAACUUCUCUACCAGCAGCUGGAUGUCAGGAAAACCUGAUAAUGCCCUGGGGAAUGAAAAUUGUGGUUAUUUAAAUAACAGUCAGGCCGCUGAUGCACAGUGCUCAGAUGUAAUGCCUUUCUUCUGUUACUCAGAAAUAAUUAAAAAACAAAUCAUCAGACUGAAGAUCCAUUCCAAUCAGGAUGUUAACAAUCUGAUAUCACAGUCAGCCAUCUUAGAGCAGAUCAGGCAAAAACUGAAGGAUCAUGGGAUGGCAGAGAACAUCACAGUGGAAUGGAGAAAGCAAUCAAAUGGAGUAGUUUUUCACAAGGAGAAAGAAGUAGAUUAG